AUGAAGCUUAGAAAGGAUGAACACUGUGAUUUUGUACACAGGAUGAUGAAUGCAAAGAAUCUGAUGUAUUAUCUAUCUACACCUUAUAGAUUAAAUACAAUGUACUGGGCAUUGAAUUCGAUGAUGAUGCUAGAUGAUCAGAGAGCAGCAGAAGCACAGUGUGAGGCUGUUUCGUAUGUGCUCAGAUGCAAAAAUACAGAUGGAGGUUUUGGAGGCAGCGAAGGAUAUCCAUCAAACAUAACAAGUACAUUUAAUGCAUUGCAGAUACUAUACAUGUGCAAGCAUCGGUAUGAAGCAAGAGAUACAGUAGAGUACAUAUGUGGACUACAACAGAGUUCUGGAUGUUUUCACAACGAUGCAUAUGGGGAAGAAGAUACAAGAAUCAAUUGUUGUGCGAUUCUGAGUCUGCAUUUGCUUUUUCUACUUGGCAAUGGAUGCUUUAAAGUGGAAAUGCUGGCAAGGCCAAUGCAUGAUAAUUACCUGAAGAAUACAGGGAUUGAUGUAAGUAUGAUUAUUGAGUAUACGUUGAAAUGCUUCAAUAGAGAUGGAGGAUUUGGAGCCAUCCCUGGUGCUGAAUCGCAUGCUGCACAGGUAUUCUGUUGUUUGAGUGUUCUGCGAUCUCUUGGAGCACUUGAAUGCAUAGAUCGUACUCGAGUGAAGAGGUUUAUUGCAAUGAGACAGACAAUAUCUGGUGGACUUGCCGGAAGAAUAAAUAAGAAAGAGGAUGUGUGCUAUUCGUUCUGGGCAUACUCAUCCGCUGUGAUGAUUGGAGAGCAGCAGAGUAUUGAUGAGGAGCAUCUUGUCAGGUUUAUUUUAUCGUGCCAGGGAAAGACUGGAGGGUUUUCUGAUCGCCCUGGUAAUGAGACUGAUUUGUAUCACCUUAUGUUUGCUCUGGCAGGGCUGUCUUUGCUAGGAUACUGUGGGAUUAAGAAGAUUGAUGCAGGAUUUGGAUUGUAG